AUGGCCCACUACGCUCGACCAGACGCUGGAGGUGGAGCGCCGUACUUCAACCCUAACCACAAUCAAGCAUACGCGCCACCUCCCGCACACAUGAACGACUACGCUGCAAAUACAUACUCCCACCCCCAUCACCACGGACCGUAUCCCCAACCACCACCACAGUCACCGAAUGGCCACCCUCGGUCUUAUCAGCAACAGUCCCCAAGAAUGGCCUACCGCAAUGUCCCGCCUUACCCAAACGCCUCCUCAUCUUCCUCAUCCCCCAUAUCACAACAUGCUCACCCUCUACCGAAAUAUCCACCCCCUCAACCAUACGCCGUGCCAGUCCCCGGUCCACCACCAAAUGGUUGGGUUCAGCACCCUCAAAACAUAACUCCCCAACUUCUCUCCCCCAUCCCACAAAAUGCAUAUUCCGGAGUUGGCUUAGGGCUGCAGAUACAAGGCGUACCACAAUCGCAAUCUCAUUCGGGAGCACAGCCGACGUUGUUCCCCCCGCCUGCCAUAGUGUCGUCCUAUCCCACACCCCCACCAGAGACGACAACCGAAGAGACGACGGAUGAAGGCCCCGAUCCACAGGAAAUGGAAGAUGGGCUAGCUUCAUCUUCGCAAUAUCAAGGAGCGGAGGAGGAACAACAGUCGACAUCGCCCCAAACACACGCUCCCGUCCCGAUAUACCCUAGCAUCGUGCUCUCUCGCCGACACCAUCGACCAAACGACCCGACUCGUGCGCCAGGUGUCAUGAUCUCACCCAGGGCACGCCCACCGCAAGAGGUCAUCGACAGGGUGGGUGUUUGGGACGAAGAAGAAGAAGGACUUCUUUCGAGCGGGUUAGAGGAAGAGGUUUCCAUUGACGAGAUUGAGAAAAACGAGGAAGUGGUGCCAGCAGACCCGGGAAUACCGAUAGCGGUAACAGUACCACCAGUCAUCCUAUCCGCAUCUUCGCCUCCUUUGUCAACGACGGAUGAUUGGGACAUCGCUCCUCCGGCAUCAGCAUCGGCUUCGCCAUCCCACAUUACCAUAUCAAUUCCCUCAUCUUCGCGGGUAUCUACACCAACGCCUACUUCAUCUGCGCCGCUCGUCUCUCCCACAACAGCUUCCACGUCAGCACCAGCACCAGCACCUCCGCAAAUCAAAAAGUCGUGGGCCUCACUGUUUAAUGCGUCAUCCCCGAAUUCGAGCUCGUCUGCAGGGACAGCCUCGUCAACAACAGUCAGUGAUAGGGCUCGUCUUCCUACAUCGAGCGUGGUGGGAUUUUCGGUGCCUGCGGACCAACCCUUGCUCGGGAAUUUUACCGCCAUCUCUAGUAAUUCUGUCGGUGACGGUGUUUCCAAUUCGCUGCCUCCACCCACCCGAAAUGCGCUUCUGGCGUUGCUUUCUGGAACCCCUAACGAGCCCGUCCAACCAACUUCACCUACAGUACCAACUUCCCCCACAAUUUCUAUAAAACCAACCCCCGUCCGACUACCUCCUGCGCUAACACCACGAGGAUUGAUCAAUACAGGCAACAUGUGCUUCGCCAACGCAGUUCUGCAAGUCCUCCUCUGCACGCGCGCGUUCUAUGGACUCUUCGAAAAUCUGCAAUCCGUGCUGGGCGAGCAGGCCUUUUUGGGGGACAGAAAUGGGGAGGAGUUUCCUGCAGUUAACGGGAAUGGCAUCCAGAAAAAAGAAGAGAAAGAUCAAGGCCCUCUAGGCCCCGCCCCACUUGUCCGCGCGACGGCAACAUUUUUGAAGGAGUUCGUGAGGAAUGGGAAGGGUGGUGGUGCGAGAGGCGGUACACGGACGAUGACGAAUAAGGGAAAGGCACGAGCAGACGAGCAGCAGCUGGAGGAAGAUGGCGAGGCGUUCAUCCCGACGAUGGUGUAUGAUGCCCUCAAAGGCAAGAAGCGGUUUGACGGAAUGAGGGGCGGGCAGCAAGAAGAUGCUGAAGAAUUUCUUGGGUUCUUCCUGGACACGCUAGAAGAGGAAUUAUUGGCAGUCGCUGCGUCAUUAAGGAGAGAUACAGCUGAUACCUCUGGGAUCACUGCGACAAGCCAGAAGCCAGCAGUGCAGGAAAAGGAGGAGCCAGACGUGGCAGAUGCAGAAGACGGGUGGUUGGAGGUCGGGAGAAAGAAUCGGUCAGUGGUGACAAGAACCAUCGAGUCAACGGACUCUCCAAUAACGCGAAUAUUUGGGGGAAAGUUCCGGUCUACCUUGAAAACGCCUGGUCAGCGCGAUUCGGUAAUUGUAGAGGAUUGGAGGGCGUUAAGGCUGGAUAUACAGCGUGACGGAAUCCAUACCGUAGAAGAUGCAUUGGCUCUCAUCUCACAACCUUCGACACUGCAAGUAACACACGUCCCUUCCUCCACCAACAACACUGCCUCUUCCCAACCAAACCCAACACCACAACUGCUAACAGCGUCCCAACAAGUCCUUAUUGAAGCGCUCCCUCCCGUCCUUGUUCUGCAUCUGAAACGUUUCUGUUAUGACGCAGAGCUCACAUCUGUCGUCAAAGUCGGCAAGCAGAUCGCUUUUGGGCCGGAGUUGGAGGUGCCGGAGGGGGUUAUGAGCCCCGGGCUGAAACAGCGGCUGGCAAGCGCAGGCGGAGUGAAACCACGGCGGACGGCAAGAUACAAACUCUUCGGGGUCGUAUAUCACCAUGGCAUGUCCGCUUCAGGUGGCCACUAUACUCUCGAUGUCCUCCAUCCAGGCCGGGCUCCGGCGUCAGCCGGCCCGGUGCCCGUGGGGUCCUACUCGGCUGUCGCGGGGAUGAAUACGCCAGCAAGCGAGGGCGCGUGGGUGCGCAUCGACGAUGAGCUCGUAUCUGAUGUGAGACCCGCGGAUGUGUUUGGUGCUGCUGCGCCUGUGUCGGGAAGCGGGGCGUGGCCGACAGUGGGAGCGAAUGGGAAGACUGUCAAAGGUGGGAGGGUGCAGAGUGUCGAGCGAGAAGGGGCGGAUGACAGCGGGAAUGCGCGGUGUGCGUAUCUACUUUUUUAUCGCCGGGUAGGCUAG